UACCCUCCAAAACCCCCAAAAGCCAAUGUUACAUCCAUCUUCCACUUUUUAUAAACCCCUUUUGUGUGUACAUGUUCACUACACCACCUUUCUCUCCUUCCCUCUUGUGCUCCUCCUUAUCUUCUAUCUCUUCUUCUUCCCCUAUCUUUUCUUCUAAAGAACAUCUGCAAUCUCCAGCUUCUUCUGUUCUGAAGCAGUGGCUUUUUGUGGUUUAUGCACACCAUUGGCAGCUGCUACUGUUUGCUGCUUGUGUUGUCAGAAGCUACCUUAUUGUUUCGGUCAUCAUCGGCGCCAUGUCGACGCCGACGGUGCAGAUGGUGGCGCCGGCGGCGGCGGUGGUGGAGGACCCGAGCAAGCACUGGACGCGGCACGGGCCGGUGCUGACGGCGUGCCUCGUCGGGAUCAACCUGCUCAUGGUCCUCCUCGUGUUCUUCUACUUCUGGCGGUUCUUCUCCGGGAAGCGUGGCCCGCCGACGUCGUCAACGUCAACGAUGGCCAGCGGCGGCGACGACGACGAGGAGGAGGGGGCGUCGUCGUCGUCGUCGUCGGCCGACACGUCGCCAGGGCGCCACCACCAGGAUCGGGAGGACAUCGCGUCGUCCCUGCCCGUGUUCGUGUACUCCUCCUCCGCCGCCGCCCCCGACGUCGGCGACGCCGGGGGGAACGGGAAGGCGGCGGCGGCGGCGGAGUGCGCGGUGUGCAUCGUGGAGUUCCGCGACGGCGACCGGGCGCGCCUCCUCCCCCGGUGCGGCCACCGGUUCCACGCCGACUGCAUCGGCGCGUGGCUCCAGCUCCACUCCACCUGCCCGCUCUGCCGCGCCGCCGUGCUGCUCCACCCCGCCGCCGCCGAGCCGGCCAAGAACGAUCAGCCCAAGGAUGACGACUGCCCGGUGUGACGCCUCGCCGUCGCCGUCGCCGGGAGAGACGAGAACACAGCUAUAGACGGAGGGUCGAGCGCGCAAUCGAUCGUACGCCGGCCGGGGUGAUCGAGAACGCGACAAGCAUCUUUCGGCGUGCAUCGCUGUCCAAGAUGGAGGAAAUCAAGAAAGGUUGGUGUCGGUGAUGACUUAUGAGUUGAGAAGACGCGAGGUUUUGCUUCCACUCGUACGGCCGUUUUUGUUUUCUUCUUCUCUCCAGCUUGUUCUUUAAUUUGUUGUUACCUACCCUAGCUGCUUAUAUUGUGUGUGAUUAUAUUGUGUGUCCUCAUCUGUGUGUGUAUAUGAUUGGAGCUGUGUGCUGCUAUAUAGUAUAAGAGUUUUGUGUAUAGAAAUCGAUCGAUCUGCUGCAUGCAUGCAUAUCGGAUAGAAUUAGUAUGUACUUUGUAAUAAAGGUUAAUUACUCGUAGUUGAAUGCAUGUAAGAAAGGAGUGAAGAGCACUACCGCAAGAUCACCUUAUUACCCAGUUUGUAACUGCAGCCCGUUUUGAUUUUUCAAGCUAA